CUUCCGUCUACUCCACUGUCCCUGAGAUGUCUCUCUCCGUGUUGCCGCGCUUAGAACAACUGUCCUCCCGGGUAGUGCGGGUGUUGGGGUGCAACCCGGGGCCCAUGACUCUGCAGGGUACGAACACCUAUUUGGUGGGCACCGGCUCGAGGCGGAUUCUAAUAGAUACCGGGGAGCCGGCUGUUCCGGAAUACAUUAGCUGUUUGAAGCAAGCCCUGAUUGAGUUCAACACUUCCAUCCAGGAAAUCAUAGUGACACACUGGCAUGUUGACCAUGUGGGUGGAAUAGCUGACAUUAGCAGGGAUAUCAUGAAGGGGUGCAAUUUCUCCAUCAACAAACUCCCUCGCAAUCCCCAUCAAGAAGAGGUCAUAGCUGAUCAUAAGUACAACUAUUUAAAAGAUGGCGAUAUAAUAACCACAGAAGGUGCCACCCUCAGAGUUCUCUAUACACCAGGACAUACAGAUGACCACAUGGCACUAGAGUUACUGGAGGAAAAUGCUAUCUUUUCUGGUGACUGCAUCCUGGGGGAGGGGACUGCUGUUUUUGAGGACCUCUAUGAUUACAUGAAAUCUUUAGAAAAACUUCUGGAAAUGAAAGCUGACAAAAUAUAUCCAGGUCAUGGCCCCGUGGUGCUGGGUGCAAGAGCCAAAAUCCAAGAGUACAUUUCCCAUAGGCAUGCCCGAGAACAACAGAUACUUCAAGCUUUGCAAGAAAACCGUGGCAAAUCCUUUACUUCAAUGGAUCUUGUCAAAAUUGUGUACAAGGAUACCCCUGAGUAUUUACAUAAAGCAGCAGAGUUUAACCUCACUCAUCAUUUACAGAAACUAAAAAAGGAAGGGAAAAUAUCAGAAGAACAAUCCCCCACUGUCAGAUGGAGAAGUAACUUAUGAAUAAGCAUCAAAAACAAAAUAUCUUCACCAGACACUCUGUGUGUGUUGUGCAAGAACAGAAGAAGAGAUGUGGGAGUAUGGAUGUUUGUUUCCAAAGCAUUUAACAGUCACUGUUAAUUUAUUUUAAUUUAAUAUAGAUCUUUGCUUGAUCCAUAAAUAAUCAUGUAACAAAUAUUGGUAUAAACUUAUAUGCUGCAUGUAUUUGCCUCUUCACUACAGUCAUUUGUCACAGUUAUCCGCAGCAUGUACAUAAGAAACAGGGUGUGUUUUAAUAUUCUAAUAAAAUCCUUGUUUAGUUUUUACUGAGCGCUAGUUAGAUAUCCUGUUUAUAUUCCUUCCCAUGAAUUAGAACAUAUAAAUAUCAAACUGAUUAUGUUUUACUCAAGAUUUAGGUCUAUAUAUUUUGAAUUUUUCUAAGUCCUUUCCAAAAUAAAGCAAAAGUCCUGAGCUAGGAGAGUCCCACUAUAUUUAUAUAGGAAAUUUAACCCUACAGUCUCAGUCUGCAUAUUUUUCCUGAGGUUUUACCUGCAUUUUGCCAUUAUCUAUUGAGAAUAUGAACAAAGAUUUAUAAUAUAAUACAAUACACAAGA